AUGUCAUUUAUUAAGAAAAUAUUUCGAUUCUUCGGUUAUUUGUUGCUGUUCAUUGGUCUUGGCUAUCAAACUCAGCGACUCUACAAGAAGCUCAAAGUGGAACCGGAAAUUUUCUCAAAGGAAAGCUCAAUCCAAAGCAGUGAGAUUCCAUUUCCAGCUGUUACUGUCUGUCCAUCGUAUACUGUUAAGAAUGAAGCUUGGAACAAAGAAUUUUUGAAGCUUAACAAUCUGACUGAAAAUGACUUGCGUGCAGCAUUUCUACUAACAUGUAAAGAAGAUUUUGAAGUUAUCAGAAAGUAUCAAUUUGAUGACACAAAUCAAGUUGACAUCAUGUUGAAGGCAUCGCCAAAUUUCUGGGAUUUCUUUAAUCGCUGUGGAAUUAAUAAUUAUUUUGCUGAUAACUUGGAUUGUGAUCGAAUAUUCAUCAAGUCAAUGACUAAUAAGGGAAUUUGCGUCACAUUCAACAUGAUUGGACAUCAGUCGAUAUUCAAGGAAGUCAUUAGUUCCAAUUUUGACAUAUACAAGCGCACAAAGAUCACAAAAUCAUGGACAUUUGAAGACACUAUGAACGAAUCUCAUCAUGAUGAUAUAAAUGAUCCACAACCAUCAAUAUGGAGCCUCGAGACUGGAUACUUAAGUGACUUUGACAAUGUUCAGCCAGUCAGAGCUCUAAAAAUGCAGAUGCUGACUGUCCAAACCAAUUCAUUAAUGAACCAGACUUUAUGCGAAGGACGUGAAAAUAUCUUUAAAAUAAUUCUUCAUCUGCCAAACGAGGUUCCGCAGCUCUCAUUUGAUGCCGUCGACUAUCCAAUUGGAAAAGAAGAAGUAGUUUUGGUGUCAGCGGAAGUGAUCCACAAUGAGGAUUCACUGAGAGUGUUCCCACCUGAAACUCGAGGCUGUUACUUCGAUGGAGAGAAGCAUCUUAGAUUCUUCAAGUCAUACACAGAAGCCAACUGCGAGUAUGAGUGCCUUAUUAAUUUAACAUACAAAAUCUGCGGAUGUGUAAAGUUCUGGAUGGUUCGGACAGAUAAAAUGACAGUUUGUAAGGUCUUGCGCGGUUGUACUGAAGAUGUUGUCGUCAAUUUCCCAAGAAGUUAUUAUAAAGAUCCAGAAAAUAAGAAGAGAUAUCCACAUUAUCCGUGCGGAUGCCUCCCAUCAUGCACUAAAAUCAAGUAUAAAGUAUUAAAGCAUAUUCAGAACGACAAUGACUUAGCUGAAUCAUAUCGCUACGCCCUAUUUGAUAUCGUAUUUGGUGACUCACAGAUCAAGAAGACAUCCAAUUAUGUAACUUAUGAGAUGGAGAACUUCAUCUUUGACAUUGGUGGCUUGAUUGGCUUAUUCUUAGGAUCAUCAAUACUGUCUGUAUUGGAACUAAUUGUAAGCAUCUUAAAGGCAAUUAAAAGUCAUACUAAGGAGGCUAUUAAGUGGUUUAAGCCAAGAUCAACGAUAGAAACUGUCGAGCCUGAACUUCAGGCAACAGAUGGAAUUGAAUCAAGCAUUGAUGAUGAGAGCAGACCAUUUAGUGGUGACAAUAUAUCAACAAUGACGAUGAAUAGUCUACAAAUGAGAGUAUUUGCGAUAACAGGAUUGCCGGAUGCAUCAUUAAGGUCACAGACAGUACAAUUUGAUGACAUAAGUUUAGAGGAUUUAGAGAAUUAA